UUUUGGCUCAGUGAACGAAUUCAUAUUUAUUUUAAAUUUCCAUUUUUGUUUUUGCCAUAAUUCUUACCUAGUAGCCGGAAAAAAAAAGAAUCCUUAAUCCGGACUUGAUGUGUCAGAUUGACACACCGUAAAGUGACACUUUACUAGGUCCCAAUUUUGACUUUGCAAGCAGAUGUUAUUGUACAGGUUGUCGUAACAGGUCUUUGCAAUAAAAAUUUCAUUCUAAACAAUUCAUUUAGUGAAACGUUUAGAGAAAUACGUGUAAUAUUUUUGGUUUGGUGAUACACUUGAAUUUAUUAUUCUACAUUUACCAAAUGGAUGAAUCGUGGUUUGAUCAGUUUGGUAGUGAUGACACUAACACCGAGGAUGAUGGCGACUAUAUUCCAAGUAAAAAGGAAGUUGAAAAUGAAGCAAGGGAUGAAUAUGAUACCGACGAUUCUGAUGUUGACUUCAUUGAACAAGAAACAAGAGAGGCGACUGUUUUAGAUUCAAAUGUAUUGUUUUUAUCAAAAGAUAAAACAAUACAAUGUUCUAGACAAUCAACGCCAAUUGCUCGUUCUAAUAGUUCUACCUCCUUUGCUUCCAAACAAGGUCCAACACCGUUUGCUACCGCUCGUAUAUCAGACACAUUGUCUGCUUUCUUAUUAUUUAUUGAACCAUUUGAAAAUACGGUCGUUGAAAUGACGAAUUUGUAUGGCGUUCGUCGCUAUAGAGAAAAAUGGUUAGCUGUCGAUGUAACCACAAUGCGUGCUUACUAUGGAUUGCUUUUAUUAGCUGGUGUUUAUCGUUCUAAGGGUGAAUGUAUUGAAGAAUUGUGGAAUAAUAAACAUGGCCGCCCAAUUUUCGCUGCAACUAUGGCAAUUAGCCGAUUCAAAGACAUCAACCGUUGUCUACGAUUUGACGAUAAAGAGCAAAGAGAAAACCAAAAAGAUAAACUUGUUCCUAUUCGCUUUAUUUUUGAUAAUUGGGUUCAACGGUUGAAACAAACGUAUAUUCCGGGAGAUUUUGUUACUGUCGAUGAGCAAUUGCUUCCGUUUCGUGGCCGUGUACCAUUCAAGCAGUACAUCUCAUCAAAACCGGCCAAAUAUGGCAUCAAAUUAUGGGUUGCAUAG